AUGGCAGCAUCUCACAACUUCCGCUAUGGUUGGAGAUGGUCCUUUGCCGGUAGCGGGUUUUUGGCUUUGCCACUACUUGUGCUGUCUUUCUUUCUUAGUGAAACCCCGAGGUUUCUCAUUAAGAAAGGGAGUAUGGAGGAAGCAAAAGCAUCCCUUAAGACGUUGAGGAAAUUUGGAGCAGAAGCAGAGCUGCAGAUGUUGGCAGACCUGAUUGAAAAUGAAGGCAAGGGGACAAGGAAGAAACUGUCACGCUCGCCCUUUUUGCUGCUCAACAUAGCAGCUCAAAUUUUUCAGCAAGUGUCGGGCUUAGAUUCAAUCCUCUUCUUUGGACCAUUCAUUCUCCGGUCAGCUAGAUACGCUUAUAAUGCCUCCUUCGUCUCUCCGCUCAUUGCCGGAGUUAUUCGGGCUGGAGUUGUUGGACUCACUUAUCCGAGUUAUAGUUACUUCGGACGACGGAGGACUCUAGUCUCAGCAUGUUUAGGCAUGGUUGUGGCACAGGUUUCCUUGUUGGGUCUCUUUCUUUUGGUAGGAGACCCUAUCUUUCAACUGAGCCAAAAGAGUGCCUAUGUUGGCAUGGCAUUUGCCAUCCUCCUCAUAGGCUGCUACUCAAUGUUCUCGGGGCCUUCUGAGUGUACUGAAGAAUCAUACGCCGAAGAGAUUAGAGUGUUAGGUUCAUGCUGGGAGACGAGCAUAUCUUUGCUCAUGUCUCUAAUCAUGAAUCCGGCCAUUUUGCUGCUUAUGUGUGCGCUCAAGGCCUGGAUAUUCAUGCUAUUUGCCGCUCUGACACUGGGAGUGUGCUUCUCCAUUUAUAAGUUUUUGCCCGAGCGAAAAAAGAAAGAAGGCGAAGGAGUUGAGGAAGAUCUCUUCAAACAACAUUGGUUUUGGAAGAGAUUUCUAUCAAAAGAUUGCAAUGUUGAAGCCGUGAUGGAAGCAGCUAGCACGCAGUCUAUGUGCAAAUUAUUGUUGAGGUGUACAACAAAGCAAUCGCUGAUGAUGGGGAAGGCUGUGAAAGCAACAACUAUUCAUGGAGAUCUUUGUGAUUGUGUGGACAUCUACCAGCAACCAACUCUUUUGCAUCCAAAAUUGGGCCUAGAAAGAAUUAAGAUGAUCAUCGCGAAGGAGCUUGAAAGACAAAAGGAAGGAAAAUCGGGAGGUUUCAAGGCUGGGGAAUAUUGGUUGAAUAAGGAAGGAUGCCAAUUGGAACUGUGCCUAUACGCAAAAUGA